AUGAAGAUCAAAGCAAGCGCCGUCUUUUUCAUCGCAUCCCUUGCUCCAUCUCCCAAUAGCACGCGAGCGUUUUCCUCUCGUGCUUCUCGUCGCGUCGCUGCAACCAGUCUUUCAAACCGUCUGCUCAUGUCGUCUACUGUCUCCGCCAAUCCUCUUUUGGAGCAAGAAGGAUUGCCGAAGUUUGAAAGUAUCGAACCCAAGCAUCUAACUCCUGCAGUGGAGGAACUGCUUCAAAAGCUUGAACAAGAUUUUGCCAGUUUGGAAACUACUUUCACCAAAGAUGGUUCUGACAACGAGUUGAAUCUUGACUACGAUCAAGUCUUGCCGGCUGUUGAACGUAUUCAAGCUCCAUUGGGUUACAUAUGGGGAGUCGCAGCUCACCUGAAUGGCGUCAAGAACGGCGACGAACUUCCUUUGUACGAUGCUUUGGAAGCGAUUGAAAAAAAGACUGCUGUCGCUUCCGAUCCGCCGUUUGUGUUGCAACAAAAGAAGAGAGCCAUAGACAAUUCCUUGCGUGGCAUGAGACUUGGAGGAGUUGGGUUGGAAGGUGCCGAAAAGGAACGCUUCAAUGAAAUCAAGCUUCGACUAGCAGCGUUGUCCACCAACUUCUCCAACAAUGUGCUAGAUGCAACAAAAGCAUUCAGCUUGUCUGUUCAAACCGAGGACGCUUACAAGUUGGAGGGCGUUCCUGACUCUGCCAAGGCACAAUGGGCCAAUUCACACCUGCAAUUCUUGAAAUCGCAACAAAAAAAAGGCGAAGAAGUGGCAGAGUUGCCCGAGAUGAAUCCUCAAAAAGGACCGUGGCGCAUCACUCUGGAUAUGCCCAGCUACCUUCCUGCUCUUCAGCACAUUCCCGAUAGAGAGUUGCGAAAAGAGGUCUACAUGGCCAACUUGCAAAGAGCUUCCUAA